AAUAUAUCGUUUCAAGAUAAUUUAGUAUUACACAAUGGUUUCCCACUCGCUUACGUUGCCAAUGAUCUGUUUCACAACGCUAUGGGGGCUCGUUGGAGUGGUUGCCCCUUUCUUCGUGCCUAAAGGACCCAACAGAGGAGUCAUCAUCACAAGUUUGAUACUGACAGCGGUGUGCUGCUAUUUAUUCUGGUUAAUAGCAAUUCUGGCCCAAGCAAACCCUCUGUUUGGACCUCAGUUGAAAAAUGAAACCAUCUGGUAUCUGCGAUAUUUCUGGGAAUAAAUUCAGGAUCUUAUCUUCCUGUCUUUCGAGGUUUUGGCCACAAUUCCGUCAGUCCAUUCACCUGAGAUUUCCACUCCACUCUAUGUCAUUCCAAAUCCAGUACCUGUGUGGUGCAUCUCACUAUUUCUCUUCAAUCAAGCUACGUUUCUUUUAUCCGGUCCUUUUGAAGCUAGGAAAAUGAUGUUGUGUUUAUUUGAAAUGCACUGAAUGACCUUCUUUUGAGUGCUCAGGUCUUUAAGUGCAAUGAUAAAAAAAAUGACUGAAUAUGUCUGCAGUGUAGGAUAAAGUUUAUUGUCGUAAUAAGGUACAUUUGAAUGCUGUACAGCAAGUGUGUGUAUUCAUUGAAUGGAAUUCGAGGAGUUCCAGUUUUAUUUGACAAAAUUUAAAUCUCUAUUGUAGAAGUGGAUAUUUAGAUUAAUCACUGUAUCAUUCCUUGUUACGUAAUGACUGACAAACAUCUCCUGUGACUGUACUGUAUAUGGUUAAAGAUCUUGUUGAUGUGUAUUCCUCACAAAAUGUGCAAUCACAUUGUUUUACUUUACAAGUUGUUGUUGUGUUGUUUUGUUUUGUUUUACAUUGUUGUGUUUUUUAAGUUAUUGCUUAUUUUUAUCAGAUCAGAGUUAUUUAUUUCUAAGAGCACCGCAUAUGCUUCCGCAUUGACCUAUGUCAAAUGACAUGUGUAUGUACCAUUGUUAUUUGUGUAUGAGUGUAAUUUGGAGAAGUUCAUGACUUGUACUGACUGGGAUAUUGGUCAGAAAACAAUAUGAUCAAUGUAAACUUUCCAUCUCUUAAAUCUUGUCUAUCAAAACGACCUUAACUUUUUUCUUUUUCCCCUGUAUGUGUUUUCCCAGUAUACUUCCUGAAUGCAUAGCGAGGGCUGUUUCCAUAGAAAUCGCAGUGACUGUCGAUGGUUACAGUAGCCUUACUGUCAUCUUGACCCUGCUUGGUAAACACGGCUCAGUACUUUUCACUGCAUUCCUGCAACUCUCCCUGUUCAGCUAUGGAAAAUCUAUCCAUCUCUAAUCUGGUGGGAGCUGCUGCCUAGCCAAAAAAGGAAAGGAAGUAAAAAGAUAUACAGCUGCUUUAGUAGAAAGACCAAAUCAUUUCUUCUUUUAAUUUAUUCCUCUUCAUACAGUGGAAACACUAGUUUAUCAUAAAGGGAAUAGAUAUUACUGUAACGGAGCCCAGCUGUUUGCUGUGAUAGUUCACUUGGUGUGUCACAGGGUACUGCGAUUGUCAUGGAAACGUCACGGAUAUAUGGGGUCCUAAUGACUCAGCAGCAGGAGUGAAAACAAACCCAUAGU